CAACGCGCGCUUCUCCUGGACCGUUCAGGAUUCAAUUUUCCCCAGACUUCGAGUUGCGCCCCCUGACCAGACAUGGUCACCUCACGAUAGCCCCUUCUCGCUUUCUGCGUUAUCCUCGAUCAUGCCUUUUUGUGUGCUGUUGCUUGUGACGUCCUUUGAUUGGACUCACGCCUAAAGAAUCCAGGAUAUCAAUAUCUUCAACUAGCCUUCCCAACUUAACGAAAGUUCAACUCAGGCGAUAUCUCGCCCGCAGUCGUAUACGCUGCACUGGCCUCAUCCAUCACCUCGCUUCAACGUCGCGCUUCUCUGGCCUGUUUUGAAGUAGAAAUUUUUUUUUUUUUUUUUUUCAUCUCCUCUUGCAGAGUAACCGCUUUCAUCUACUCCUUACACACCUACAGUGUCUUUGACGUCGAUUAAAAUGUUCGACGGUACUCGCGCCUAUGUAGCGGCGCAGCUCAGGGGAGCUAAGCCUUCCUUGCUAUCAAAACAUCCGCAUUUCAACUUUAUUACAAUCCACUACUUCUGGAUUAUUUUCGCAACAUUACUCUCUGGAGUUCUUAUAUAUGCCGGCGGCAAGGGCCAACUUCACUUUAUAGAUGCUCUUAUGUUCGGCAGUGGUGCGAAUACGCAGGCCGGGCUUAACCCCGUUGAUGUUAACAAUCUGAAUGGAUUCCAACAGUCUUGGAUCUACACAUUUUCUUUAUUUUCUAACCCAAUCACGUUGCAUGGUUGUGUUGUUUUCCUCAGACUCUACUGGUUUGAGAAACGCUUCCAGAACUGGGUACGAGAGGCUAAAUUGCGCCGCCGAACCAUCAGCAGAUCCAAAUCCAAGGCACGAAACGACCUCAGCCAACUCGAAAACGGACUGGGUGUGAAUGGGAGGCGUAUUACCGUUAUGCCAGAGGAUAGCAGGGCACAGCGAAUUACCAAUGACGGCAUUCUUCUGGAUAAGAUAGACGAAGCCGAACCCAAGAUUACUCAGAGUAGCAACGCAAGCGACACGACUACAGCAUCCGAUGAUCUGCACAAGAGUGCCGAACUUGAAGAAGAUAUCGGACCAUUAGAUCAGCCUCGCCAGAGAGCUACUUUGAGUACAGCAUCAGGCCCCCAAUCACCGGAACAACACCUCACGACAGCAAUCACGUUUGCUGACACUGUUAAGCGGAGUGAUGGAGUGGACGAUAACCCUACCAAAUUCCCACAGCGACGGCCCAAUGCAGAGCAUAUUGCUAUUCUUGAAAGGCAGCGAAACCAAGACAAUGAAGUCCUUCGAAUUCCUGGGCCCCGAGAUAUUGAAAGGGGUCUAGGGCCCCGAAGACUUGAAGAAGGCGAUCAACGGGAAGAUGAUGAUCAGCCAAUGGCCCGCCAGACGACUUUCGACUCUCGUAUUAAUGAAUCGAGCGGCAACUUCGGCCAACAGCAAACAGCCAUUACCAUUACCGAGCCUGAGCAUCCUAGGCGGGAAGAGCUGAAGGACAAUGCCAAAGCUAUUGGUGGCACCGUUGAUAGCUUGAGAUUUAGAAAGCCGCGCUUCCUCAAUCGCUCCCAGGACAAGGUACACGAAGAUGGAGAACACAGACCAAGGUCGAGGACCCCACAUCCACACCCUGUGCGAACCAAGACAAUGGACACCAUUCGCUCUGUCUUGUCUCGAGAUAAGACUGUAGAUGAUAUGCCGUAUCUCAGCUAUACACCAACCAUGGGCCGUAACUCGAACUUCCUCGGCCUGACCCUCGAGCAGCGCGAGGAGCUUGGCGGUAUCGAAUACCGAGCGCUAAGAACUUUGGCUUUGGUGCUCAUCUUCUACUUCUUCGUGUUCCACAUUCUCGGCGCCGUAUGCUUACUUCCUUAUAUUCUCGCCAAUCAACAUUAUGGAAAUAUUCUUACAGAGGAUGACAUUGGCAAGACUUGGUGGGCGUUUUGGACCUCCAACAUGGCCUUUAUGGAUGUAGGGUUUACACUUACGCCGGAUAGCAUGAACUCAUUUGCAAAAUCCGAAUGGAUCCUGAUGGCCAUGUGGUUUUUUAUCAUUAUCGGAAACACUGGCUUCCCGGUGAUGCUGCGCUUUAUAAUUUGGGCCGCUUCUAAGCUUACCCCGAAAGGUUCCGGCCUUUGGGAGGAAUUUCGAUUUUUGCUUGACCACCCUCGUCGAUGUUUCACCUUGCUUUUCCCGUCAAACGCGACCUGGUGGCUGUUCUGGAUCCUGGUCCUCCUCAAUGCCAUUGACCUGCUUUUCUUUAUUGUGCUUGAUCUCGGAGCAGAGCCCAUCACUGCGUUGCCACUCCACAACCGUGUUGUCAUUGGCCUAUUCCAAGCUGCUUCUACUCGAACUGCUGGUUUCUCGGCCGUCAGCAUGUCCGAGCUUCACCCUGCCAUGCCAGUUCUGUACCUCAUUAUGAUGUACAUCUCCGUGUUCCCUAUUGCCAUCUCUAUUCGACGCACAAACGUCUAUGAAGAAAAGUCCCUGGGCGUAUACCACGAUCGGACCGAAGAGGAUGAUGCUCAAGCAAGCGCUCUUGAUUAUGUAGGAACUCAUUUGCGGCGACAGUUAUCCUUUGAUUUGUGGUAUGUCUUUUUGGGUUUCUUCCUUAUCGCUAUUACCGAAGGCGGUAAAAUAGUAGGAGGCCGAUUUGAUUUAUUUGCUGUCCUCUUCGAAAUUGUCAGUGCAUAUGGAACUGUGGGACUGAGCAUGGGUGUACCUAAUGUCAACGCAUCUCUUUGCUCACAGUUUUCUGUCCCUGGCAAGUUGAUCAUUGUGGCUAUGCAAAUUCGUGGGCGUCAUCGUGGUCUUCCAUACGGUCUUGAUCGAGCCGUGAUCCUUCCUAGCGAAGCGCGGCUAAAGAGGGAGCAAGAGGAAGCUGAUGCCACACUUGCUCGAACAAGCACUGCCGUAUCCAGUGGAGCCGCAACGGGUCUGCAGCGACAGCCAACUACGGGGCAGAGCCGAAGCAGGAGUCGUGAACGAACUAACAGCAACUUAAUAUCCAAACUGUUGCACCCAGGGCCGGUUGUCCCACCCGAGCAUCUCGGACGGCCAAGAGGAAGAUCAGUGGAGGCUCAUCAAAGGAGCAAAUCCGUUGAUGUUACGAAUACUCUAUCAGAGCCCACAGAUGCUCAUUUAGAGCCUCCGAGAGAGGAAGAUGACGAGUUGGAACAGAUGUCAAGUUCCGAUCUGCCGCCGCAUAAACCGAGACGGACAGAGUCGUCCGCCUUCUAGAAGAAUCCGUGGAUAUAAACAACGAUUCAGUCCCAACUUCAUUUCUUUAUAUUUAUUGUUUUUUUAACGUAGAAGAAUCCUCAUGUUGAAAACAAAGCGCACUGCGCUUAUUCAUUACUGGAUCGCAUUUAGAGGCGCUUUUUCUUGUUGCACUAUCAGAAGUGGCAACAGUUUGGUCAUAGCGGUUUGAUUAAAUAAUGUAUUUAUGGUUUUUAAGAACAAUUUCUCAGGAAAGUGGCUUAAGUAGCCGGUCUCUUAUAUAU